GCUUCUUCUCCUCCUCCAUCCACCCAUUAUCACCAAACAUGGCUCACCUCGUCAACAGCAGCCAGACGGCUCCCCUUCCCGACAUCAGCGCUACGGCGUCGUCGUCUCUCCAUCUCAACUUCCCCGCUACGACCUAUGGCGCCCCUAUGAACUCGCGCUCCAUCUCGCGAGUCUCGGUUCACCCCGCCGCCCUUUUCUCCAUUCUGGACCACUUCCUUCGUCGAAGUGACAAGGCGGCCAGCACCGAAGAGAAUGCAGAGGAGGAUGCGGAGGGAAAGAAGGCUGGAGAACAGGCCAAUGCAGAGGCCUCAGCUUCGUCCUCAUCGAAUGCGAGGUCCAACCGGGUUAUUGGUACUUUGCUGGGCACGCAUAAUGAGGGAGAGGUAGAGAUCCGAUCGUGCUUUGCGGUCCCGCAUAACGAGACGGAUGAGCUCGUUCAGGUGGACAUGGACUACCAUCGUCAGAUGAUUGAACUGCACACCAAAGUUCACCCGGAGGAAGUGAUUGUUGGAUGGUACGCAACGUCACCCGACCUCAACACCUACUCUGCUCUCAUUCAAGACUUCUUCUCCAAGGAGUCAGCCCCUCACCAGGCCGUUCACUUGACGAUCGACACUGACCUUCGUUCGAGCGAGGCGUCGUCAUCGUCGAGCGAGCCCCUCGGCGUCCGCGCCUACGUCUCUUCUCCUCUCGGCCUCACCCCGAAGGCAGACAACGCCGUGUUCCUUCCCUUGCCGGUCACCCUUCUCUCUGCCCCCGCAGAGCGACCGGCCCUCUCCCUCUUGGCAUCUCAGACCACGCUCGCGCAGCAGCAAGCCAACGGCUCCAGCACCGCUGCGCCUCCCUCCCUCUCAGCAGGCCAGGUUGUGCCCGACCUGCAAGCUCUGACCCUCGCUCUCCAGCAAAUCCAACAGCAACUGCGUCGCGUCCUCUCCUACGUACGUGAGGUCGUCUCCGGGCAGCGUCAGGGUGACGAGGUUGUGGGUCGAUACUUGCUGGACACGAUUGCUCGAAUCCCAGUAGGGGCGAGCAAGGCAGAGGGCAAAGAUGUGGGGGAUGUCUGGAACUCGUGCCUGCAGGAUGUGCUCAUGGUCAGCUACUUGAGCAACAUUGUCAGGGCGCAGGCAGAGGUGGCCGGGAGGUUGACGCUGCUGUCGUAGGAGCGUGGGGUCUGAUAGAUGUGGUGCCGCUCCGCUCCAGUCGAGCGAAUGGUAUCUUUGAUUGUCAUCUCCGAGUGCUGCUCUCACAUCGUGCGAGUGCCAUGAAGUCGUCU